CCAGCUGUUAUGCAUCAACAGCAGCCGCACAUGGCAGCUGAUAUUGUCAAUCAGCAGAUGCAGCCUCAAAUUGAAGAUGAUAAUAAGUCAAAAAUUAUGAAUUCUACUAACGGUGUUGUUAAUAAUUAUACUACUGCUAGCUCAGUUUAUACUCCAUAUGAAAAUGCUAAACCUUUAAUGUCUACCAACCAAGAUCAUCAUGCUCCAUCUUCUAAAACGGUUCAACAGUCAGCUCAUCCAAUACCGCAAGAACCUCAAGGAAAUCCUCCAAUAAGCAACCUGGAGAUAGGCUCGCCAGCACCUCAACAAAAUCCAAAUCAGCCACCUUCACUGGCCCCUAUAAAAGAGGAACAAACAGUCAAAUCCUUAGCUAAUGGCCAAGUUGAAGAAGAUAAAAGCAAUGACAGUAAAACUAAGCUGAUCGAGAUGGUGGUUCUUGUUAUUCUAAUCGCCUUGCUAUUGAUACUUGGUAUCCAAUGGUUAGGAAACUCAAGCAAGAAGAAUUGA